GUCCGCGCAUGCGCAUUUCGGCGCGAGACGGGACAAAAUGGCGGCGGCCAGCGGCCCUGUGGAAGUGGCGGUUGUCUCGGCGGCCGAGGUUUCGCCGGGAGCCGGAGGCGGCGGGUGCUGCUCGGUGUGGGAAGUCGGCUCCGGGGCGUCGGUGGCCGGCUACCGCGGGGGCUGCUGUGCCGCUCGGGGCCUGGCUCUUCUCGGCGGAGAGCAUCUCCUCGGGGCCCAGCUCGGGAAGGCUUUUGUGGGAGCCUGGGAGCUCCAGAGGAAGGACCAGCUCCAACAGAAGAUCAUAUGCCCUGGCCUGGUGUCCUGCCUGACAGCGGCUCCCAAUGGUCUUUACAUCUUGGCGGGGAUUGCCGAUAGCAUCUACCUCUGGGAGGUAUCUAAUGGAAACCUGCUUGCAAUUCUGAACCGACACUAUCAAGACCUCUCUUGCUUGGCCUUCACAGACGACAGCAGCCAUUUUCUCUCGGGGGCUAAGGACAGUCUUGUGAUAGUCUGGAACCUUUACAGCGUGCUCCAGACUGACCAUGUCCAAAACCCAGACCCUCGCCACGUGUGGUCGCAACACAGCCUUCCCAUUACGGACCUCUACUGUGGCAUUGGCGGACCCAUGGCACGAGUCGCCACAGCCUCACUAGACCAAACUGCGAAGCUGUGGGAGAUCUCUUCUGGCGAUCUCCUCCUUUCUGUCGUCUUUGAUGUGAGCAUCAUGUCAGUGACCCUUGAUUUGGCUGAGUAUCAUAUGUUCUGUGGGGGAAUGGACGGCUCCAUCUUCCAGGUCGACCUUUGUUCUUGGCCUGUUCAAAGGGAGAGAGGCUUCCAGUCAGACCAAGAGAAUGGGAAGAUCUUCAAAGGGCAUAGGAACCAGGUGACGUGCCUCUCCAUCUCCACCGACGGAAGCCUUUUACUUUCCGGCUCUCACGACGAAACCGUUCGGCUGUGGGAUAUCCAAAGCAAACAGUGCCUGCGCACGGUCAAUUACAAAGGUCCGAUCACUAAUGCUUUCCUCACCCUGGCCCCCGCUAACAUGCUCAACCCGGACAGCAAACCCAGCAUCCCCCUGCCGAAGUUCAGCCGUCACCUCCAUGGAAUGGAGACCUCUGAAAACCCCACCAACGAUGGGCUGACGCUGUGCUUGGGGUUGCAUCAGAAGCAGUUCAGUGGAUGUCCUUCGUCCUUGGCUGGGAGGGAAAGCAGGGAAGGAAGAGGCACAUGAUGGAAAAAAGACAAAGGAAAAAGUUUUUUUCAGGCAAGUUCAAUUCACAGACUGGUUGCCUGGGAUUUCCACCAUCUUCCCCCUCAAAGGGCGCUUCGAUAUGUUGUCUCUCCUACCUGUCAUCCCCUUCCCCAUGAGACUGAUGGCUCUGCCAGUCUUUGAUGGAUUACUAAGGGAGGCUUUACAUUCCCCAGCAACUGACAUUUCUUCUAUUUUGGGACAGACCAAGAAGCCCACCUAAGGAACAUGUCAGGUAUCACAUCUGGAAUUACAGAGAUUGAUUUUCCAAAUGCCCCCAGCCCAUUCACCUCCUCUUUUCUGACACUGAGCACAGUUCCUGCUGAAGCCUUGUUUCGUGAAAGGGCAUUCCCAAAAUUUGGAGACAUGUGCCCUAGCUUCCAAAACCAGACAGGAUCUGGUGCUUUCAGGGUAUUUAUGUUCGCCCUCUGUGCAGGGUAUUGAUACUAAAUAUUGGACAGCUGCUUCUAGCAAAUGACAGGUUAACUUUUUAAAACCUACCCUUGCUGAACAGUCCAAAAAGGGUCCUGUUGUUUAAUGUUCCUUGUAUCCUAGGCCUGACACUGGCAAUCUUGAGUUACAGUUGUUGUCGUUGCUUUGGUUUCAAAAAGGACAGUUUGGGGUUGGAAUUGAUGGAGGCUCAUAAAACUGGCACAUGUGCUUCAGGCUCAGUUGCAGUCAUGGCUACAGUGUCAAGCAGCAUUGCGGGAUCUUUUUAUCACAACUUGAGACUGAUAACCUGGCAGAUCUCUUCCAGGCAGUUGUCUGGCUUUGCCCCAAAACCCUUCUAUGUAACUAAGUCCCAGGUGUGAGCAACUGAACAGAUAAUUAUCUAUUCUUUCUCCGUUUCUCCCUGCCUGCAUUUCCCUUCCUUUCCUCUGUUCUCUUCCCUGCAUCUGUUUUUGGACUCCAAGACCCUUGAGGCAGAGAUCUGUGUCUCCUCCUUCUCUGUAAAGUGCACGGAUCAUGCUCUGUAAAUAUUUAAACAGGUUUUAGAGACUUAUUUACUCUGCUUUUAUAUCUUUUAAAUCCCUGCCAUUUUAAAAUUAAGGAAUUGCGUGAGCUGGUUUAGUAUUUUUGUUUUAUGGCGUGUGCCGUUUUUAACCUGGUCUCUGGCAUAACCAUGACUUUUUUUGUGUCACUAUCUACUUAUGGUGUUUACUUAAUGAAAUUGUGUUUUAUAUCUGAUACGCAACAUGUGAUGCGAGUCACCUUGUGGAGACAGUUUUCAAAAAGGCAAUAGCUUGUCUGUUUCAGUAUAAUAAAGCGGGGGGACCACGGGAGGAGGAAUCUAGUGGCAUCUUUUACACUAAUUGAUUUAUUUUAGCAUGAGCUUUCAUGCAUUUGAAAUCCGUUGGUGGAAUGCAGUAAAGAGAAAAAGUAUGAUUGAAUUCCAUGAAAAAGUUAGGCUCAAAGGUUGCCAGUACUGUAUAAAGCCUCUCUCUUUUCCUUACAAUGGAGAAAGCUGACAUGAAGAGAAUCAAUUUGUUUGAAAUGUGGUGCUGGAGGAGAGGCUGACAGAUACCAAGGACUGCUAAAAAAGACAAAUGAAUGGACCCAAGAGCAAAUCACACCUGAACUCUCACUAGAAAAUGACUAAACUGAGGCUGUUGUACAAAGUACAACAUGAGAUGGCAAGAUUUAUUGGAGAAGGAAGUAAUACUUGAUAAAGAGGAAGGCAGUAGGAGGACAGGUAGGGUGCAUUGAUAUUGUAGAAAUAAUGCAGUUUGAUAUCAGUUUAACUGCCAUGGCUCCAUCCUGCAGAAUCCUAGGGUUUGUAGUUUGG